UGGGUUCGGAGCUCGCGUUUUGACUGAAGAGGGAUCUGACUGUAGCGCUGUUUGGAUUCUGAGGUAGAAGAGGAUCAUGGCGGGGUCGGGGAGCUCGAUGUUGUAUUCUUUCCUUUUGUUCAUUGUGAUUCUGUCACUUCAAGAGAUGUAUAGAGGGAAGUUGGCAUCAACUGAGUUGUUUACGAUUCUCGGGGGUUUCAUUAGUUCUCUCUUGUUCCUUGUGCUGCUCACUUUCAUUGGCAACUACCAGGAAACAUCUGGCGUGAAGACUGGCUGGGGUGCUGUUAUUAUUGCAGAAGCAGUUGCUCUUAUUGCUGCUAGCACUGUCCAUCGAGUUUGUAUCACUACAUGUUUCUUGUUCUCUGCUGGAUUACUGUAUGAGGUCAACAAGCUUUCAGGGAUGAUGCUUUCCAAAAGCGAAUCUAAAACAAAAAGGCACUGAGUGGUUGUAUUUGUUAUAAGCACAUGUUUAGAGAAGUAUCAGUUUUAAUGUAUCAGAUAUUUGUCAAACAUGUAACUUUUUUGAUCAAGUCAAACAUGUAACUUGAAUGAUGUGAUUCAAUCAAUAGCAUUUCUGGGAUUUGUUUACAUCA